AUGGUGUGCACAUGGUAUUCAUACGGUACGGAUCAUCAGGAGAUUCUAGGCCACAAGGCGUCGCGAUGCUUUCAAGCAAUCAUUCAUUAUACCGCACAAUUUUCGAUAACCAAGUCACGCAACCUCCGGUCGAUGUUAAAAGCUGCAAAACUUGGAUAUGCGGAUGUAUUAUACUGCACCAAUUCGCAACAACACCAAAGGCAGGUGUCUCUUCCGGUAUCAACAGCUUCUUGCAAAGUGUCUUUGGCAAAAGCGAACGAUGGAGUAAUCAGUUGUAACCACAAUGCUGAUGAUGCCGAGCCCAGAUCGUUCCCUGCUGCAGGGGAAUCCAAGCUUAUAUUUGUCACAAUCGAGUCCGCCUCUUUUCCGAGCCAGAAAAUGCAAUCAAGGAGACCGGUGCAACUGACAUCAAUCAAUCUACCCAUUCAAUCACUAGAGGCUGCGGACCUAGAUAUGGCAUGA